CCAUCGCCUUGGCCGCGGCCAGCUGUGCGCUCGGCAACUCAUGGAGCUGGCGGCUUGGACGGCGCCCGUUGUUCGCUGCUGAAAGUCAACUCGACCUGGUGCUGGGGCCAUGCUGAGCUGAGGCACGCCGGCCCGCGCACGUCAAAAUCUUGGCCCAGUCGCCCGCCGUUGUCGGCAGCCUCCGAUGCCGAAUUGAUGCUCAUCCCCGGAAGACGUCACCCCCGGAAGAGCAAGAAGUAGUGAUUGAAGAGGAGAUGACAAUGAGCACCAAGGGCCACUCGCGGUGCCACGGGCACAGGCGGCAGGAGUCGAAUGUGUCCAUGUACGCCAUGACGGGCCUCUACUCGGCCAGCGAUGACGACGACCACCUAGACAGGAAGAAGCCCAGUCAGAGCCUUGGUGAUCUCACCUGGCUGCCGCCCGCAUCACCGCCUGUACACACAAUAGAAAAAGAGAGGCAUUUGCCCGCGAGUCCGCCAGUUCCUGCCAUUGUGGUUCCACCCUUACCGCCUCCCACGGAAUUUAAAGACUGCGGCUUUUUGUCCUGUCGACCGUCAGGCCUUCAGCGGUUCGCCAGCAUCAAGGUUUUUGUACUUUUGCUGUCCGUGCUGGUGACGCUGCAGCAGGCGUUGGCGUCUGGCUACAUUAGCUCGGUGAUCACCACAAUUGAAAAAAGGUUCGAAAUACCAUCAAGCCACUCGGGCCUCAUUGCCUCUUCCUACGAAAUUGGCAACGUCUUCACCGUGAUCUUCGUCAGCUACUUGGGCAGUCGGAAGCACAUCCCGAUCUGGAUCGCCAUAGGCUCACUGGUAAUGGGCAUCGGCUCCAUGGUGUUUAUGGUGCCGCACUUCUACGCCGAGCCUCAUCUCGCCGACGGCAACAGCGGCUCGAGUAAUGCAUCGGAAAAUAUUUGCCAGCGCGUGUCGGUGCGAGAGCAGGACAUGGGUCUCGGAGUUCUUUCAUCGGCUGGCCUUUCUUCACCAGCACUGUCACCUGGCUCCAGGGUGGACAACUGCAUCAUGUCCACGCCUUCAACCACCGGGCCAGUGCUGAUUUUCCUUUUUGCCCAGUUCCUACUUGGCUGCGGCGGCUCGCCGCUCUUCACUCUCGGCACCACCUACAUCGACGAUCACGUCCACCCCGAGAGUUCCGCCAUUUACAUCGGCAUCAUGUACAGCAUGGCUGCCUUUGGUCCUGUCUGCGGCUUCCUUCUGGGCGCAUACCUUCUCUCCUUCCACAUGGACUCGCUCUCCAGCGUGCCUGUUCUCAUUGAUCCUGGAGAUCGUCGUUUCGUGGGCAUGUGGUGGGGCGGCUUCUUCCUGUGCGGAGUGCUUCUGCUAGUCCUGUCGCUGCCCUUCAUGCUAUUCCCCAAGACCUUGCGGCGCGAGAAGGAGAGGGUGAGACUGCAGCAAAAGACGGCGGCAGCCAUCACGGCCGGCGGCGAGGAGAAAGUAAAUUUGGUCAGCAACGGAGACAUUGGCACUGCACCGAGGAACAGUGUCGCCGAGCAAGGAGACAAGAAGAAUAAUGCCAAAGAUGCUAGUUGCUGUUUUAAGGCAAUGGAAUUUGUGUUUGCUGUUAAGAGGUUGCUGUGCAACCCCAUAUACAUCGUGACUUGCCUGGGCGCUUGCAUGGAGCUGGCCAUCGUGUCUGGAUUUGUGGUCUACCUGCCCAAAUACCUCGAGACCCAGUUUAGCCUCGGCAAGAGCCAAGCCAGCGUUUUCACUGGUGGGAUUGCGGUACCGGGCGCGUGCAUUGGGAUCUUCUUAGGCGGUUGUGUGCUCAAGAGGCUACAGCUUAAGCCUAAGGGGCUGGUCCAGUUCGUGCUUUUCUCCAACAUUUUGUGCUUGUCGUUGUACGCGCUCCUCUUCUUCUUAGGCUGUGAUAAUGUCAAAAUGGCUGGCACUACAAUGCCUUAUUUUAACAGCUCCAAAACGGAGCCCUUCCAAGUGAACCUGACGGCGUCCUGCAACUUCGGUUGCGAGUGUCCCACGUCGGACGUGGAGCCUGUGUGUGGAAACAACGGUCUCACCUACUUCAGUCCCUGCCACGCGGGCUGCACAGCCUUCUCGUCGCGCUCAAAUUACACAAACUGCGCCUGCAUCCUGGGCAACAUGAGCAGCAUCAUUACGUCCAACUCUGCCCAGUUUGCCGAGGUCACCAUGGUGCCGGUGGCGACUGCGGGGCCGUGCAACUCGCCCUGCCAAACCAUCUUCCCGUUUUUGAUCCUGCUCUUCUUCAUGACCUUCCUCGUUGCCCUCACACAGAUGCCUCUGCUAAUGAUCGUGCUCAGGUCGGUCAAAGAAGAAGAACGAGCAUUCGCUCUUGGCGUCCAGUUUGUAAUCUUCAGGCUCUUUGGGUACAUCCCAGCACCCAUCCUUUUUGGAAACCUGAUUGACUCUACUUGUCUGCUGUGGAAAAACACCUGCGGAGAAAAGGGUGGCCGGUGCCUACUUUACGACAUUGAAAUGUUUCGAUACAAAUAUGUCGGAAUCUGUGCAAUUAUUAAAGUCGCAGCUUUGAUUUUAUUCCUGAUCGACUGGCACCUAGUCAGAAAGAGACAAUCUCUGGAUAAGCAGGGGCAGCCUAUCGGGAUCGGGGAAAUUAUCGGCUCCAUUGUCAGCAUUGAUAAAUUGUUUGAUGAGAGAAGGGGCAGCACAAUUAACGCAGACGGAUCGCUACUGCAGAGGGCUCGAAGCCCUUCGUCGGUUCGCGAGCUCCGAGUGGAUCCUGAGGAAGUGGAACCCUGCUUGCGAGAGUAAUUAAAGCGCUUUGACAACAAAAAAGGAAUAAGCGGGUCAAGAUUUGCAUAAAUUUAAAUUAAUUUGCCUCUUGUUAUGGGCUACAAUGCUACAAUCAAUCCAAAUUUAACAGGGUAGGCAACACAUAGGUCAAUUCAAGUGUGUCUUGUCUAUGCAACUGAGACAAAAGAUGAUCCAAGUGAGAUAUGAAAUUCAAUCAAUUUUGAAUCGAUGAUACAGGUAACCUCCAUCUUAAUAUUAUGGAAAGAAGAGUUUUGCUGUCAAUCAGCGCGGUGAUGACCAAUUUCAAUUUUGCGUAGAGUCCUGAAACAGAAAUGUCGCCGAACGCCUUUUCGAUUGUAUGAUGUCUGCUUUUGCAGCUAAAAAGUUCGUAUCGAAUUUGUAAAUUGCAAGACACAUUAACUGAUCGAGUUAAAUCAAAUAUUAAUGCGUUUCUAAGAUUAGAAAUCGAUAGAGCAACUCUUUAGCUUAAAAGACAACACUCAGAUGCAGAGGAAAAUACUUUCGGCGACUUUUCUGAUAGCGCUCAUCUCUGUUAAUGGUCUCUAAUUUUACGCAACGUGAUGAGAGAAAAAGUGCACACUUGAAUCCAAUUUCAUGUGAAAUACUAAGCUUGAUCUGAACUGAGAUGACAAAACCAACAAUAAUCUAAAAUAGAGAGAUGCUUUUCGAUGUAGA